ACCGAGGAUUAGAAGGCGAGGCGGUGCAAGUGCAAAUUACAGUGACCAAUUACACUCCCUUCCUUUAGUGCGACUUUAUUAUCAUUACAUUUCUCUUUACGAAUCAAUAGCAAAUUAAUUAUCAAUUUAAGCUUCACAAUGCUACUUCGUGUCAUAGACAAAGUUUUCGCCCGAGCCGGUGUAGCUCUAUCACGAUAAGGAACGCAAUGUCGUCAACCGUGUCAAGUUUCAAUCAGUAACCUCAAUUUUUUUUUGAGCUCUUAUCAGUGGCUUUUGAUUGUUAUUGUUUAUGGGUGUCUUUGUUUUUCUUAGAAAUUGUCCAUUCCAAAUCACUGUAAGUUCUACUAAACCCACCAGAAAUUCCUGAGUUACGAAUCCUGCCUGUACCUGCAACUUGUACUCGUGCCAUUGCCUGUAAUUUUGUGUCGUGAAUUCCUAAUGUUCCGAUAGGAACUUCUUCUGUUUGGUGCUGCUAAAAUAUGAUGAUCUCAAUCAGUUCUUGCAUCAAUUCAACCUACACAUUUGGAUUCUGAUAGUGCCUGUUAAAAUCUCUUAGACUAUUCAUGAGACCUCGGGCACUUUAUCAAAAAUGCUGCUGCUUUAGACGAAUCUCGAAAUCAGCCCUUGUCUGAUUUGAAUUUAUGCGUUUGUCCGCUUGGCUCUUCUCUGUCCUGCAAUAAUGGCCUGCAGUAGAACUCGUAUGACCAUUGAAGAAAUUGAGGCAAAAUAUCCUCUUCAUUUACUUGUAUGGGACAACCAGUACGAGAAGCUGAACAAACUACUCACUAAAGGUGUCACCGCGGAGGAACUUGAGAAAAUUGAUGCCAGAGGUCGGACACCUCUAAUGCUGGCUGUUACCUUAGGAUAUCUUGAAUCUGCUCGAGUGCUUGUAGACCAUGGUGCGGAUAUCAAAACAGAAAAUAAAGAGGGCUGGACAGUUGUCCAAGAGGCAGUCGCAACAGGAGAUCCUGAGCUGGUGCAACUAAUCCUAGAAAGGAGAGAUUAUCAGCGCCUCACAAGUCGUGUUGGAGGGGUUCCUGAUCUCUUACUAAAAUUGAAAGAGGCUCCUGAUUUCUAUGUAGAAAUGAAAUGGGAAUUUACGAGCUGGGUGCCUUUGGUGUCUCGCAUGUGCCCAAGCGACACCUAUCGAGUUUACAAACAAGGCUCAAAAGUUAGAAUCGACACAACGCUCCUUGGAUUUGAACAGAACAACUGGCAACGCGGCAACACGAGUUUCAUUUUUCAGGGUCAAAAUGAAUCCGCCACUCUGAUGGAAGUUGAUCAUGAGACAAACCGAGUCUUUGUUGAGCAGAUGAGGACAGUGGCACCUGCUGAUUUGAGUCUUCUACAGCCGUCACCAGAGACUGUUAGUGCUAGACUGACAACACCUAUUGUAACAACUUAUAUAGAUACAGAUAAAAUUAGUUUUGAAAGGAAUAAAAGCGGAAUGUGGAGUUGGCGGCAGGAUAAAACAGAGACAAUAAAUGGACACGAUUGCAAAGUGUUCGGUGCUAGCAAUGUUGAACUUAUUACCAAAACAAGGGCAGAACAUCUCUCCGAUGCUGACAAGCAGCGCAUGAAAGGUGCUAAAACGCCACUCCAGUCAUUUUUGGGAAUCGCAGAAACGGAAGAAAGAGCGCCCACUCCUCAUGAGGAGUAUUCACAUCAAGGUAAUCCGUGUCACAUAGAACCUGAAGAAUAUUUUGAUGAAAACGUUGAUCUAGACGGGAAAGAUAUCGGGCGACCCAAAGAAAUGACCACCAAAAUUCAGAAAUUCAAGGCAACACUUUGGCUGUGUGAAAAUUAUCCUCUUAGUCUUCAAGAGCAAAUUAUUCCUAUAGUAGAUCUUAUGGCAAUAUCAAGCUCGCACUUUGCAAAGCUCAAGGAUUUCAUACAAAUGCAGUUACCAUCUGGUUUUCCAGUCAAAAUAGAGAUUCCCCUGUUCCACGUGUUGAAUGCUAGGAUAACGUUUGGUAAUAUUUUCGCAAUGGAUGAACCUGUGCCUGGAGUCACAAUGAUCGACACUGAAGAAAGACCUAUGUGCGUUGUUGACGACUCAUGUUUUAUCCCGCCGGCAAAUUACACUGUUAUGGGUGCUGAAUCUCGUAGACAAGUUACUGAUGACCAAGAUGAUCUUUUGCCGUUUGCCAUCAGACAAAGUCUACUUGAUGCAGGAAGCGAUGAUCAGGUGGAUAUUUGGGAAGCCCUGAACGUGCAAAGGCCAACAACGCCUGAAUACCUUAGAGAUGAAAUUCGAGCCAAUCGGCUACUCAUUGAUGAUGAAGAAAGAGAAUUGCAAAGAGCAAUCCAAGCCAGCUUAAAGGAGCACCCUCCUACUUCCUUUACCUCUCAGACUCCCCACGGUAUCGAAGAGAUCAGCGAGCUCUCGGCAGCCAUAGAACUCUCCGUUCGGCAAAUCGCAGAAGAAGAGUCCUUACGAAGAAAGGAGGAGGAAACGUUAGAGCAAGUUUUGAAAUUGUCCUUGACGGAGAAAUGACAGUUUUAUGAAAGAGGUGAAAAUAUAGUAGCUGCCAACUGAAAAAUGCUUCUGCAAUGAAUAAGACUCGCUUCAAUCCUUAUCAAAUUACUCGCUUAUUUCUUCUCACCCAAGUAUGAAUUUCGCGGAAGCAUACAGCAUUUAAUUCCUCAAAGUUUCUUCAUUGUUCACAUCUGUUUGUUAGAGGAGUCAGGAGCCAUUAUUUUGUCUCUCCAGAAUAUUCUGAUCUACCUCAAAGAGAGUAUGGAAUGUAAGAUGCUUCCUGUUAACAGAAUGAGAAAAUAAUUUGUAAUCAGUAUUAAGAAUGUCAAUUUUGUUUUGCAUCAAUAUGAUGCUGAUGUGAACAAUUCAAUCAAAAGCAUCUUUUAAUCAGGGUCCUUACCCAAAAUUUUUCGGAUAUUCAUGUAGCAAAUGGGAAAAUGCUCAUCAGUCUUGAAAAAUGUUCAAUUUAAAUCAUUUUAUUUCAAAUCAUUACACUUAAUUUUAUGAAAAAGUUAGAUAUCCAAUCAUUGUGACAAUCCAUCCCAACUCGCUCUUACUUUUCUUGUCCUUUAAUUUAAUUUAAUAUCAAAAUUUUAGCUUAUGUCAACUUUGCCUCCUUGAGAGCCAUUAAAUUAUUUUUAACGGACUUGCAUCCAAUAACUAUGUAAAUUUGAAUAUUUGGAAAGCAAAUUUUCAUGCUUUCAUCUAAAAUUCCGCGUGUCUACAGGGCUGGAAAACCUUGGACACUGGACAUCGUCAGGAAAUCAGAAAAAUCAGGGAAAAGUCGGUAAAUCUGACUGAGAAGGCUGAAAAUUUGAAAAUUUUUGAAUCUUGAAAUCUGAAAAAAUAUCAUAGCUAAACCAUUUCUCUUGCAGUCGAAGGUAUACAGAGGCGUCCGUGAGCAUACCACCCCAAAAACCCCUGCCGAAUUUUUAUUUAAGCGUAUGACUGGGGCAAAAGGAGUCCAUUUGUGAUCAAAAGUUCACUCCACUUUUUUCAGUAUUAGAUCUUAUUUCAGAAAAAUUUCAUAGUCAUGGAAAAUUUUAAGAAAGUUAUUUUCCCAGGGUGGAGCAGUAUCACCUCAAACCUGAAAAAUAAUUCUAUUGGUCCUUUAUCAGUGAAUAUAAGAUUGCUAGAAAGUUAACGGGGACUUUUGUUCAGGUUUUGUGUUUUAACAAAGCAAUGGGUCAGUUGCGCUAGUCCAAAAAUUUUGCUUUGAUGAUUUAAGCCAUGGAUCAGAAAAAAUUAGCAAGAUCUGUUGGAUCGCUUUAUGCAAAAAGGAACCAAGAGCACUUUAAUAUCGCUAAGAUUGUGUAACUUUUUUUUUACCUUGCUUUAUAUAAACUGAUCAUUGAAACAAGUUUUAUCUUUCCUUCCAAUCAACCAUAAAUUUAAGACGAAAAUUAACUUUGUAAAUUCAAUUUGUUGCAUGAUUUCAGUAAUUUUAUUGCAAUUAAUGUAAGUUGCUAAAUCCUCGCAACAUUUGAAUGCUAAUGAUUCCUUUUUGCAAAAUACAAUCCUGUUCAAAUGCCAAAUUUCGUCUCCUAAUAUUAAAGAGAUAUCCCCUAUCAGAAAACCCAGGAAAUGACAUCACCCACCUCAGUAGUGCAUACCAUGGUUUUAUUCAUAUUUUUGGUGAAAUCUCUGUUAAUAUAGGAAGUAGAAAUUUAGCAUGUGAACAGAUCCUAUCAUUUUUUGCUAGUCUAAGCCUGAACCAUCAAAAAACAAUUCAAUGACUAGUGCAGCUGACCCACUCUGAUGUUUUCAAGCACAGACUUUUGGACAAUUUUAGAACAAAUAUUCUUUAAUCUCUUUGAUGUAGAGAAAAAGGUCUCCUGAGAAAUUUAUUCUAGUUAGUAAAGUUUUUGGAAAGAACUUAGUCCAUUCUUGCUAACUACAUGUAUCAACAGUAUUAAUGCUCAAUUGAAUUUCCCUUGUUCCACUUCUUCAUGGAAAAAAAAGUUACUGAAGUAACAUCCGACAACUUCUGAAUAUUAAUAUGAACGAUACGGUUGUCAAUUCAACGUAGCAAGGAUGUUAUUUUAACAGCUUGAGUGUCCAUAACAACAUUCAAGAGGUGUCGCGCAAAUUUUUAACAUUCAGGAUGUUUCUUUAGCAACUUCUUUUUCUGAGUUUUUUUUUAAAAAAAAACUUGAAAUUUGAAGUAGUCUAAACACUAGGUACUUCAUUUAUAUUUUACCCUGAAUCAAUUUUGUGAAGCUUUGGGUUUCACUUAAAAACUGCUCUCAAAAGCUUAUCAGGUCCCUUCCACUAAACUAAUCGAUGUUUCAAUAUUGGUCUACAUUCGCCUUAAAUGUUUGAACGGACUUAUUUUCUCUAGUCUUAUUUGUCUCAUUGUGUCAUCGCACCAUUUUUUAUCAGAUGCUGCUUCUCUUGACUUUUAAAUUUAUGGAAGCAAGUUUCGUUGCAUGAGAGGCGUUCCACCCUUCCGAUCAAUAA